GAUAAGAGUACAUAUCGCCUCGUGUUUUGGUCAAUGUGUCAUCACCUGAUCAGUGGUCAGCGACUAUUGCUUAUGCAAUAAAAGCUAGAUGUGGGCAGCCUCUCUGCUCUGGUUAUCGCGGGAGUAAGACAAACUGCAAAGUGAGAUUCGGGCAGUUACAUUUCCUGUCACAUAUAUGGGUCUUGGCUCGGCAACAGUAAAGGGACUAAAAUAGUUGAGGUACUUUAAGUGGGAGUGGGGAGCGUCGCGAUUCCCGGCGACACGUUGCCUGGCUGCACGUCCUGUCCCGGCGCCGUCAGCCGCCGCCACUAUACCUUGCCGGGCGGGAGACAGUGAAUACAACGCCGCGCGCUCUUGUCUCUGUGAAGUGCAUAGAGUUAACGCAGUGUUUCCGUAUUACAACAUGCUCACGUUUAUCCUCGUGAGCGCCUUGCUGCUGACUGUUGAGGGUCAGAGCAAUGGAGGGAGGCAAGCAGCGAGGCCCGCGGAAAGGCCCCCUGGCCCCCGCCUGCUCACCACGGCAGGGCGCUACCAUGCCUAUCGCGGGGAGUCCGUCAAGCUGCCCUGCGCUGUCAGUAACCUUGGCCGCAGGUCGGUGUUUUGGCUGAAGGGCGACAACCUGCAGUCCCGGGAGCUGGUGAUGCAGAUCCACGGCAUCAGGCGGCGUCCAGUGGCCAUGCGUCAAUUCCUGCAGGACGUGCGAUCCGGGAAGCUGUCCACGGAAGGCACCAACCUGAUCAUCAACAACCUGAGUGCUGAGGACAUCGGCACCUACACCUGCACCGUGGCCUGGGCGGGACAGUCAGUCACCCACGUGCUUGAGGUGACGGACACCGAGUCAGCAGAGAAGGUGGUGAUGGAGUACUUCCCUCCCAGCAAGAACACCACUGUGGCCGAGGGCAGCAGCGUGACCUUCGCCUGCCGCACCCCGGGAUUCCCGCAGCCCUCCGUCACCUGGUACCGCGAGGGCGCGGAGGAUCAAGUGCUACAGAUGGGACCCGUGCUGCAGCUGGACGAGGCGUGGCGGCAGGACGCGGGACGUUACGUGUGUGCGACGAGUGGUGGGGCGGAGCAGCAGGGCACCACCUUCACUCUUCACGUGCAGUACGUGUCGGUGAGGGCAGCGGAGGAGAGGAUAGAGGUGAGGACUGAGGACCCGGCGUGCCAGACUGACCUGCUACGUUGAAGGUUACCCGGCACCCCAGGUUUCGUGGUAUCGCAGCACGGGCCAGAUCGCUGAGGGGCCCAAACACAGAAUCAGCGCCGCCACCGGACAGUACCAUCUGGAGAUAGAGCAGAUCACCCCGGAGGACCUUGGGGAGUACCAGUGUUAUGUGCACAAUG